UGGAAACCAGCCACGAAGACGUGACGUAUAUACUCUAGAAGAGUGUAUAGUGCACCAUGGUGUAGCAUGGCAUAGUUAAAGUGGGAGAAACCGUGUAUGACCGUGCUCACAGUGAGCCAGUCCCGUGUGAACGACCGUGAAGCAAACCUCGAACGAAACUCCAACGAAACACGAUCGAAUCUUGAGGGUUUUCAUGUUUCCAGGGCUCCAAUUUCCUCGAAGAACUGACUGAUCGAACGAGUUACUUACGAUCGGUGGAACGAACGAUCGCGCGAAUCGUCGAUAGAAGAUUGAUCAAAGAUUAAUGGUAGUUUGAGCAGUGAUUGGAAAAAGUUGGAUAAUCUUGUUGACGAGUGCGGAAUUGGCAACAUUCUUCCGGACAGGUUUGUGUGAUUCGUAGUGUAGGAGAGGUGAGUGCAGUUCUGUGAUACUAGCUGGACGAUCGUGCAAGGAAAAGAGAGAAAACUUUCAUCGUAGAAGAUAUCCAGUAAAAUGGAUAAAUAAAGUCUCAAAUCUGAAACAAUCUCGUGCUCCAACGUUCGUCGAAAUUUCCUCUUGGAAAUCCAGUUUCAAGAGAAACUUCUAAUAAGGACACGCCGUGUAUCUCUGCACGACAUCAGCCCGCAUUGCUAGGCGGAUGGUGAAACACACUGACACACGAUAUACGUGUCAGCGUAAUAACGAGAAAGUUGAACAGGGAAGAAGGAGGGACUCCUGAGAAAGGAACGUAAAAAAAAAGCAGAGAAAAUAGGGUGACGAACUGCGUGUUUGUCGUACUUACUACGCUGGCCGAAAAGCUGGUGCGCGUACAAACACCGGACCUAUCCGCGGGCCAAGUAGGUCAACCGGGCGUGCGCGAGAGUGCGAGACCGAAUAAAAGAGAGGAAAGGAAAAAAAAGUGAUCGGUGGGUAAGGAUCGGACGUGGAAAGGAAAGAAUGGCGAGACGGGGGCAUUAAUGUUUCCACGAUGCCCGACGUUUUUACUCGGCAUAGGCUUGCGAAGCAAAAUGGCGGCGAUCGGCUGGCACCGUGGCACGUAUCGCGACGAUAAAGACUGGUCCAGGUACGAGUGAUCUUGUGGAGGUCCUUCCGAGUGUCCUUGACCAUUAACUUGGCCUUGAUCAGGACGAAGAACGCGGCACGACGACACUCCAACGAGCGCGAAUACCGACGAACGGGUCCAUCGGAUCAGGAUGAUAGCUGGAGGAAUCGUGGGGUCGAAGGUCCUGGUGACCUUGUCGGUCCAAAUUCUACUAGGUGUCACGGCUAUCCAAAACGAUCCAACGUCAUCACGCUCCUCGCAAGAAGACGUAAUCCUCAGUGCCAGCGCGUACACGGGACCGGAAAGAACCUCUAGCGUGUUUCACCGUGAUGAAUCACCGACUUUUCAGAAAACAAUUCCGGCCUUUCAACUGGAAAGCUCGAAAAGUGUCGAUAAUUACGACAAAGAGGAUGUACGGUUCGAGACGAGGAACACCAGGCACGAGGAAUCCAUUGAUGAAUUAACUUCGUCGAAACACGUGGACCACAUCGAUGGAAACAACAUCGAAGUUAGACCCGGUGAAUAUUACCACAUAUCACCAACGACCAGUGAAUCCAUGUCGGGGGAAGGACUAGGGGCUCCGCAGGAAGCAAAACUCUUGUCGGAGCCCCAUCAAAUGAGUGGAGUGUCAAACCAACAGGCACAGUACUUGCAGGCAAUAGAUCAACAAAGACGAGCUCGCCAAGAGAUUCCGAGGAUCUAUAGCGAUCACGCUCCACCACCGAUACUGCAGACCGCCUCUCAUCGACAAGCAAAUCCUGACAUACAGGAUAUUAUCACGGGAAUAGUGAAAUUGUUGAACGGGAACGUGAACGUUGCCGCCAACACGGUGAGACCUCUGAGGCCGAUUCAAGCCACCAGGAUUAAUAACAGAGGACCACCAAGAAUCUCCGAUGUUCCACCACUACCGCCUGAUUUCGACACGCCUGGGAUGAACCCACCCCCGCCACCUGAUCAUCCCUAUCCUUUCGAGAAACCACCAGCACCUGAUAAACCACUGAUUAACCAACUACCACCUGAAAGACCGAUUAGACCUUUUAUCAGCGGAGUUCCAUUGCCAGAGCAGAUUGUCCCUCAAGGAAAUCGCCCAUGGACUUGGAAUCGUCCUGGUGGAAACAGGCGACCAAUUCCUCCCUACAAGCUACCAUCGUCGAACUCCACUUUCAAUCGAGAGAAAGAACAAAACAAGAACUCUGAAUUUCCAUCGCUGGAGGAAUCCUCCACGAAAAAGGAAGAAACAGAUCAGAGUGAGGCUACCACUACGAACGCCAUAGAGAACGCAACUAAACAUCACGAAGAGAACAACAAUCAAAUAGUUAAAACAGACUCGAAGAUCACGGAGAAACCAUUCGCUCAGAACUCAACGAAAAGUCCCGACUCCACUAACAGUAAGAAAGAGAACAAGCAUCAAGCUCCGUCCAAAGUAAACGUGACUCAAUCUAGCGACGUGCACAAAACGGAUUUCACCAAGCACGACAGUUCUCCAAAGCCUGUGAUUCCACUAGAGGUUCCAAUCAAACCUACUAAAGCCUCCAAGAUCAACGACUCUCAAAGUUCCAGUUCCAGUACGAACAGCGAAAAAUCGAACAGUAAGCCGAAUAUUCCCAAGACGUCAACGAAAUCUUAUUCCACGUCAACGUUGAACAUCGAGACCAGCUCGUCGGUUCAUAUAAUCGAGCCAACGUCUAGCAAACCUGUCGUCCAAUCAACUCCAGCAGCCACGAAUAUCAAUGCUAAUUUAAGUAACGUCACGGGUGCAUCAAGCACGAUAACUCUUGAACCUAGCAAAACAAUAGAAUCGGAAGGUACAGCCGCAUCGAGUGUUCCAACGCCAACUGAGAGUUUACCUUCGAUUUUCACCAAGACCUCGUCGACCACCGAGAAAAGCAUCGUCCAUCCUACCAUGAACACGUUCUCGAAGAAUUCAGUGCCUACGGAUCGCUACGCUUACCGACCCAGGCCUGGGAUCGUCCUCGACGAUACUUUGGAUUACACGGGAAGCCAAGGACUGGCUACUCAACGGCCUUACGCGCCACCAAGACAUCCACCUCUCGGUGAUAUUUUUGAUGUCACGGUCUCGGCUAUUCAAGGCCCGGGUGGUGCAAGUUCCGGAGAAGGUGUUCGAGUACCAGUAAACGGAGGAAACGUAGACGUGAUCCUCACUUCCGCGGUGGAAGGCCAAGGAUUCGUUAGUAUUGACGGGAAAAGAACGUAUAUGAAUCUAUUUGAGAAUUCUGAUAGAACUUCGACGCACGUGCAACAGCAACCUCAACCAACUAGGACUCAACCACCCGCCAUUGUUGGCACAGGGUUUGCAGUCGCACAGCCAGAUCCACCAACAGCAACUCCACGACCAAAUGGGUCUAUUCGAAGGCCAACGUUUCACAGAAGACCGACUCAACCUCCAGUUAGAAUUGACACUUGUAUCGUAGGCGACACGAGCACUUGUGACAUCAGUCAGCACGAGGCUUGCGCCACUGUUCAAGGAGUAUCCGCAUGUCACUGUAAACCAGGAUAUGCGAGAUUGCAACAUUCCUUGCCAUGCAAAAAAAUAAUAAGCAUCGUGGUAUCGAUUAGAGUAGAUAAGAUCUAUGACAGGAAAGUUGUCUGGGAUCGAGGAUUCACCGACAGGGAUUCUGAGCCUUAUCAAACGUUAGCCUACGAAGCAAAUCGAGCUAUCGAAUCUGCUAUGUCGAUGACACCGUUUUCGGACGAGUAUAUGGGUUCGUUCAUAAAUGGAGUAUAUCAGGGGGAUGUGAGCCAAGGGCAAGGGGGUGUCUUUGUGAAUGCAACCUUGAAACUCACUUACGAACCAAGAACAAUUAGAUCAAGCCUAGCAGGGGAGCUGCAGAGACAUCUGCUCGGUGUUAUUCACAGAAGGAGCAACAAUAUAGGGAACAGCGCUCUUUACGUCGAUAGUCCACCUGGAUCUAUAUCAAAUUUGCAAGACUUAGACGAGUGUGCAUCGUCGGAACUGAACGACUGUCACUCCUUGGCCGUUUGCACGAAUAACUGGGGUGGAUUUACUUGCACUUGCAAUCCUGGUUUGAAAGAUCCUCAUAAGGACGAUGCUAAUGAAUCUGGCAGAACUUGUAUUUCGUGUCCUUCGACUUACUGCAACAAUCGGGGGUCGUGCUCUUACCAGGGCGACCACAUGCAGUGCACGUGCACGGGUAAUUAUUAUGGUGCUCAAUGUGAAGUCGAUGGAGAGGUAUUAGGGGUAGCGAUAGGAGCGUCCGUAGCAGCUUUAAUAAUUAUAGUUUUGACUUUAAUUUGCCUGAUUAUGUGGAGUCGAAGAUGGUCGCGUGAACAAAAAUCGGUCGGCUCUCCGGUGUACGGUUACAUUCAGGGUGGCAUUCCAGGUACCCUUCCAGGAACUUUGGCAAGGGUGGGUUCUGUAGGUACUCUUGCUUCCGUGAAACAAGGGCCACCGACUAAUUUGCCACCGUAUAUGUGGGCACACUUUGGCGACCACAUGGCUACCGCCAAUGUAUACGCUACGGAACCUAUGGGUCCAACUCGACCAAGUUCCGCCGUAUUCGGGUAUCCACCCUUGAAUAUUCAUGGAACACUGCCGCCAGUGCCACUGCCUCGACUUCAAGCACCGACGAGACCUCGACAAAGACAUCAGCCAGAUCCAGACAGCUCGGAUUCCGAGCCGCAAGAUAAGGACAGGGCUGAUCUAAUUCCGCAGAAUAGCGGCUUUCACGUUCCCAGGCCGAGGUCCAGGUCAUCCUUGGCAAAUCAAAGCGGAAUCUACAACGACGUGGAAUACGAUCAAGGUGAUGUUCACCAUUUAUCGAAAAACAAUAUUCCGAUGUCUACUUACAGGCCGUACUAUCGAACGUGAAAUCCAGGGGAAACCUAGUUAUAUAUUGAUGAGAACACUUGU